GACUCUGUCGCGCUGCUGCAGACAUCACCUUUAUGUUUGGGACGCACUUAAGCUGGAUUACAUACCGGUGGUUUCGAACAGCUUCUGUAGCCUCUAACUGACCUUUUUUAUUUAAUAAUUAAUAUUAUGCGAGUUUUUACUUGAGCUUACAAGAAAGUCGUCUCCUUUUUUGUAUUUAUUUGGCGAGAAAGAACUGUUUCAUUACACGGCACGACUUCAAUGCCACCUUCAACAACCAUGAACAAAAGCGGAAUGGUUACAAAAAUCAACACCAGGAUAAGGACUGACCCGUUCGCUGGCAGCUACGAGCUGGUGGGCAAAGAACUGGGCAGGGGAAAGUUUGCAGUUGUGAAGAAGUGCAUUGAGAAGGCGACAGGGAAGCAGUAUGCUGCCAAGUUCCUGCGAAAGCGACGGAAGGGCCAAGACUGCCGCAUGGACAUCUUAAAUGAGAUUGCUGUGCUGGAGCUGGCCAAGGCAAACCCCUUUGUGGUGACACUGCAUGAAGUCUAUGAAACCAGCACCGAGAUCAUUCUCGUUCUCGAGUGUGCCGCCGGUGGCGAAAUCUUCAACCAGUGUGUUGCGGACAACGACGAAGCCUUUACAGAGAAAGAUGUGAUACGACUGGCCAGGCAGAUCCUGAACGGGGUGGCCUUUCUGCAUCGGAAUAAUGUGGUGCAUCUGGAUCUGAAGCCUCAGAACGUCUUGCUGACCAGUGCCACACCUCUAGGGGACAUUCGUAUUGUGGACUUUGGCUUGUCUAGACGAAUGGACAACAUCACAGAAGUCAGGGAGAUCCUGGGUACCCCAGAGUAUGUGGCCCCAGAGAUCCUGAACUAUGAACCCAUUAGCACUUCUACAGAUAUGUGGAGUAUUGGGGUUCUGACUUAUGUCAUGCUCACGGGCGAGUCUCCUUUUCUGGGUGCUGACAAACAGGAGACAUUCCUCAACAUCUCUCAAGUCAACAUAGACUAUUCACCGGAUACAUUCGAGGGCAUCUCCUCGCUGGCUGUUGACUUCAUCAAAUCUUUGUUGGUUAAAAACCCAAGGAAGAGGGCCACAGCAGAGGAAUGUCUCAAUCACCCCUGGCUGAACUCCUGUCCUCACUCCCACCCACACCUCCACAACAGGUCGCCGUCCUCUUUGGAUGAGCCGGAGACGAGUCAGUCCGAAUCGGAACCAGAGAGUCCAGCUCCGUCCCCUGAGCUAGACGUGAUUGGGUCAUUUCUCAGGUGCCCAGGCCAAGGUGAGCUGAAGGCGGGCCGUGGCGCCUUCUCUUUCAGUGAGCCCCCUUUCUGCACAAGACCCGAAAUCCAGCAGGAGCUCAUUUGCUGACUGAUGUUUCACAGUUGGAAAGGGACUCAGUAAAUUGAAACUCCAUGGAGCAGAACCUGAAAACCUUUAAGCCUUGAGGUGCUUGGUUUUGAUCGGAACCAGGACCGUGUUUGAGUGGCUGCAGUUUGCCCGCCUGCUCCUACUGCUGCGACGUCUGUGAGCUUGAUACCUCUGCCUGCGCCUGUGUGUGUCACUGUGUAUAUGUUAAAUAAUACACGCUACUCAGUGCUAGUUAGAAUGAUUGUACAGGAGGAAUAUGAGAGGGCUUGAAGAUGCAGGACAAAGGAGUGGGAGAAAACAAGGACUUUGUUGAGGACUGCACUGCUGCCUUAUGUGAUAAAUCUGAACUUGGCUCAGCUGAACACUGGCUAGUUCACCCCUGCACACAUACUGCUUUAUCCCCAAUUAGCCUUCGGACGGGGUUUCAGAGGAGAGAUGGCCUCCCACUUCUUUGGAUGACUUCACUCAGUGUGUGCUCUCAUCUAAACAAGUUACGUUUCAGUGACCCAGACAGACCUUCUGUGACGAGUUGAAGAAAGUAAAGCAUUCUGACAGGUGGAUCUACUUAA